GCAAUGCACAGUAAGUCGCGUCCGCGGGCAAGCUUGCUAGUGGUGCAUUUGGCUCGCUCGCUGCGCUUCAGGGGAACCGUGCGCGCGUAUAGAGUACAGAUCAUCCUGAUCUAUUCAUUAAAUACGAUGCAUCACGCAUAGGCGCCUUGGAGAGGUUGCACAAUGGGGGGCGAACCGGUCCCGCGCUUUGCAUCCCUUCGGCCGAUCUUGGCGCUUGCAAAAAAGUAAAGGUGCUGGGCGAGCUGGCUAUUCUUCAAAAUAAGAGUCAACGCGUUUCGUUCACCCACCCCACAAAGUGCAUCUGCUUUGACCAGCGUUUUCUUACAGCAAACGCUCUCAAAAUUUAAUGGCGCGCAGCUGGGUUGCGUGUCAGGGCGCGAAGAGUCUGUUACACUUGGUUCCAGCCUUGAAGGCGGGCUGGGGCGCAUGCCAGACCCCAAAAACACGCCAGGAGGCACACUUUGGAACAGCAUGUGUAGAUGAGUGGCUAAUGAGUUGGCCCGCCCGUGGGCUUUGUACGCGGGUGGUCUUGCGCCACGAUGCCGGAGUUGGGUGCCGGAGUCACAUCAAGGUCGCAAGAUCGAAACCCAUCAGGAACGGUUCGGCUCCGUUACCUGUGUAGGCACUGAACAUACUUGUGCCGAACUUCCCCGAACGAGCGCCAUCUCGGCCUUCCUAGGUCGCUGCUCUACGGGUGAGCAGCGCUAGCGUUUGCGGUGAGCCGGGCCUGGGGUUCCUCCCCUCUCCGGAGGCGAGGAGCAUGGGGGUCAUUCGGGGAUCUCUCCUCGGACACCUGGACUUCUACAAAGCCUACGACACCUUGGACCGCAACUUCCUGUACCGGUGCUUGGCAGUCAUGGGCGUUGGCAAUGGCUUCCUGGCCUGGGUCAAGCUGCUGCUUACGGGCACGCGCUCUGCCGCCCUGGCUAACGGCUACCUGUCGGCCUUCGUCCUGAUCAUUGCGGGCGUACGGCAGGGGUGCCCGCUGGCGCCUCCUUUGUACUUGGCGCCGGCCCAGGCCCUCUUCGCCUACCUCGACCGCGCGGGCUUUGGUGUCUCCUGGGCGGAUAUCCGCCUCGUCGCUACUGCCUAUGCGGACGACGCUGCGCCGUUCUUGCGUCGGAUGGCCAACGUGCCUGGUUUCCUGGCAGCUAUGGAGACCUUCCGCGCCGCCUCUGGGCAGCGCCUUAACCUCGACAAGGUGGAGCUUCUGCCCAUCGGUGCACGGCGCCGCGCCACUCCUGCUCCCGCCCGCGCUGUCGCUGCUGGCUUGGCGGCUGGCGGCGCAGCGGCUGGCAACAUGGCAGCUCACGGCGUGGCGGCGACCAGUGUGGCAGCUGCCGGCGGCAUGGCUGCCGGCGGCGCGGCGGCUGGUGGCGCGGUGGCUGGCGGCGGCCCCGGCGCCAGCCACUCUGGUGGGGGCAUCUUGGCGGCCGGUGGUGCGGUGCCUUCUCGGGCGGGCGCGGUAUGGGCAGCUGCCGGUGUUGUGGUCACUGGUGGCGUGACGGCCGGCGGCUCCGCCGCGGGUGCUGGCGGUGCCGUAGCCGCGCCUGCCCCGCCCAACACAGUUGCUAUGGCGCAUGGCUUGCGCGUCGUCUCGCACUCGCGCACGCUGGGUGUGGUCUUCUACGACCUCCCACUUGGCACGGCUGCAGCCCAGGGGGCUCCUUCCCUCUCCCCUGCCAUUGGCACCCUGGGGACGCUCUGCGGCCUCCCCCUAACUGCCUUUGGCCGUGGCUUCUGUGCCUCCUCCUACGCCGUCAGCCGUGUGCUCUACCAUAUGGAGUUUGCGGGUCUGCCGCCGCAGACGGUUUUGGCAGACUUCCUCAAAACGCUUGUGCGGUUUGUGGACCGCCGCAUCAUCGUUGCCACGCCGCAAGGUGCUGGCCGGGCCCGACUUCCCGGCCUCCCCUCCGACUGCGUCGCCCUGCCGCCACGCGAUGGCGGCUUUGGACUGCUGCCGGUGGUGGAACACGUUCGCGCCCGACACGCUGUGUUGGCUGUGCGCUGGCUGCAGCACAUGCACGGCUCUGCGGCUGGCACCUACGUACCGCCGUGGACAGCCGCCGCCACCGCCCUGGUGCAGCAGCUACACACGGCCGCCCACCCCCUCUGCGUCCUGACGAUGCAGCGGGCGGCCGGCGGUGUCGGACCCGCUGCCGAUGGCUGUGCAAUCUUCGGCCAGCCGGUGGCGGCAACCUGCCCGGCCCUCGUGCGCCUCCUGGGUGCCCUCAGCUACCUGCCUCCGGUCACAAUCCUACGCCCGGCUGUGCUGGUGCCAGGGCCCUGGUGCUUUGCACUUCCGCUCUGGGGCAAUCCAGUCUUGCCGUGUGCGGCAGGGCUUCAGGCGGGUGGCUUGGAACGUGACUUCCCAGCUCUCAUGGCGCUGCCGGGUCUGCUCACGCUCGGCACGGCAGUGCGGUGCUGGGAGGCGCUGGCCGCGGUGCGCCAGCUGGUGGCUUCCAAGCCGGCUGGUAUGGCUGCUGCUUGCGCAGAGCCUGGGGUGGCGGCAUGGCGCGGCUGACGUGCCCUUGCUGACCCUUACGGUGAAGCAGGCAACCCAGCUUCAACUUGCGCCUGCGUACGACGCGCUCCGCGUGCGUCACUUGGCCUUCAUCCAAGAGGCCUACAGCGGCGCCGCGCCGCCAGCGGAAGCGAUUCAUGCGCUGCGGGCGGCCCUGGCGCGGCUGUGGGCUUUGGUGUGGGAGCCGCGACACAAGGAACCGCUCUGGCGUCUGGCAGUCAAUGGGUUCACGGGCUUUGGGAUGCUUGCGGCGUGGGCCGCGAAUGGACGCGUGGAGAACUGCCCGUGUGGGACUCAGAUGACUGCUGGGGCUAGGGUUCAUCACUUCUGGGACUGUGUGGUGGCGGAGGCUCUGCGUGAUGUGAUGCGGGAGCAUGCGAAUGUGGACAUCACACGGAACCAGUUGUGGUUAGUACAGGCGCCACCAGGGCUAUCGCAGGCGGUGUGGGACAUCGUGUGCUUGGCUGCUGUGGCGGCCCUGGAAUACGGCCGACAGCGCCUUUACGCUUGCCGUGAUGCUGCAGACCGGACUGCGGAGGUUGCUGUUGUGCGAAGGAUCGGUGUGGAGGUGAUUGCGGACUUCUGGUCACGGCUAGCUGCGUUUGUGAGUCUGCGUCGGCCUCCGCGCCGCUGGGACCUUGUCCCGAACCAGCACCCAUUCCUAGCGUCAGAUGAUGUUGGAGGGGUUAUCUUGGUAGG